AUGAGCGGGUCGCCUUCAUCAGAUGCAACAUUACCACCAAGGCCACGGCUCCGGCGUAAUCGGAAAAGAAAAACAUGCAUCCCCUGUGCGAAGUCGAAGAGGAAAUGCGACCAGUCUACGCCUUGGUGCAAGAGAUGCGUCGAAAAAGAGAUAGUCUGCGUCUAUCCACCUCGUCGUGGCGGAGCAACGUCACUGCCAAUUGCUCACGAUGAUGAGGCUGUCUCACGGCUACUGACUGAGCCUGAGAGAGUUCCGGGAGCCUCCUCAACUCUAACCAGUGACUGGUUCAGUACAGAAAAAGGCAAGCACCCAGACAUAUCACAAGCACGAACAGACCUCGAUCCGAGAUGCCCACCACUGUUGUCACCCUAUCAAUGGUUUCUUUCACCUGGAUCUUGGCGCCGUUCCACCCUGUUGGAUGCGCACAUCAUGAGCCUGCCGCCCGAGCUCGAGGUAGCUAUCAGCCAGGACUCUCUUCCCAACUUGAUUGACAAGCACCAACAAUGGCUCCAACUGUGGGUAAAAGAGGGCCACAGUCCUCUGAUGCACCGCCAUCUCUACCGGGACUUGAUGCCCGAGUGCAUACGAGAUGCCUACACGGCGAGAGCAGCUUAUGAUCUGGCGGCCACCCCAGCAGCCAAAGAACUGUCCUUACGGAUCAUUCAAGAUCGAGCAGCAGACCUCAUUCAGAGACAGCCAGACUCUCAUCUCGACCACACAAACAACACAAACACGAAUCUCCCUCUGGGAAGCCUCGAUGCAUCAAACAUCAUGCUGGGCACUUUCAACCACCUAGCCCGGACGCAAUCUCUUUUCGUCUACGAGCUAACUCAGCUCUUUGACGGGGACAUUCGCUCCAGAGACCAAGCAGAAUCGUCCAUGGAGACACUGCACCGCUGGGCGUGCCAGAUGUUGGAGAGCGCAAGACUGGAUUGCACCACAGGCGAGGUGUUUGAAGCCUAUGCGUCGUCCGCGUCUUCAUCUGGCUCGUCGCCGUCUGGAAACAGUGACUUGAUACGGGGCAGCAAAACAGGGACCAGUUCAAACACGUCUGUCGGUGCCAUCACCCCGCCGAGCAGCAUGCACAACCCGUUCGCCCUCCCUCCUAACCCAGCACCGCACACACUCUGGCAGGUGUGGGUGAUUGCUGAGUCGGUGAGGCGGACGUACAUUUCUGUCAGUUUUGUCCGGUCUGUGUAUCAGACCAUCAAGACGCAGUGGUCGGUGUGUCCUGGGGGCGCUCUUUUCAGUGGGGUGAAUGGGCUGUGGGAUGCGACGACGGGGAGGGAGUGGUGCGCGGCUCUCAGGAAGGGGAAUACGCUGCGCGGUCAAAAGGAUGGUGAAGGUUCCAUGUCGCCUUGGGCGUUGAUGCAGAGCCUGGAGGUUUGGAAGGUGUUGGAGUAUGCGUCUCCGGACGAGGUGGAUGAGUUCACUGUGGCUGUUGCUGAGAUUAGUAGGGGGAUGGAGGUUGUUGAGCAGUGGAUUAUGGAGAAGAGUGGCAUGAGGAGCUCAUGA